CCAGCAGGUGGCGCCAACGCUGUGUUCCUUCAAAGGCAACAGAGAGCCAGUUUGAACUCGCCGUCUGACACACAGCAGCUUUCAACUCUAUUUCUCCAUCCUGCUGGUGUUUGGUGGCCAUCCGGAAGAGAUCCAAUUUCUUUAACAGCAGUUCUGGAAAUCAGACUGAAUGCAAUUUCAUAGAGCGGCAAACAUCAGGAGGCUGGUUUAGACCUGCCUGUGUUCAAAGCUCCUGUCAGAGUGAACUGAAGUGGAGGCUUCAGAGGUCUGGGUCGGGUCACAGGGCAGUCUACUUAUGUCAGGCCAAAUCAGGUCUGCCAGUCAUGCGGACUGUCGGGUCACUGAGGAAUGCCACGUCCCAGCCGAGGUGGAGCUGAUGGAGCUGGGUCCCCUGCUGGAGGAGAAUGACCCCGUAGGAGCCAAAGGAGCCCAGUCAGAGGGAGCAAGUGUUCUUGCUGAUGAUGAAGAGGAGGAUGAAGAAGUCGGAGAGGUUCUGACGCUACCACUGCAGGCUCAUCAUGCAAUGGAGAAAAUGGAGGAGUUUGUGCAUAAGGUCUGGGAGGGCCGUUGGAGGGUCAUUCCCUUUCACGUCCUGCCGGAUUGGUUAAAAGAUAAUGACUACCUCCUGCACGGUCACCGGCCUCCCAUGCCCUCUUUCCGUGCUUGCUUUGGGAGCAUUUUCAGGAUCCACACAGAGACUGGGAAUAUCUGGACUCAUUUGUUGGGUUUAAUCUUAUUCUUGUGCCUGGGCACACUUACCAUGUUGAGGCCCAAUAUGUACUUCAUGGCCCCUUUGCAGGAGAAGGUGGUGUUCGGGAUGUUCUUCUUGGGUGCAGUGCUGUGCCUCAGCUUCUCCUGGCUUUUUCACACUGUCUACUGCCAUUCUGAGAAAGUCUCUCGCACUUUCUCCAAACUAGACUACUCCGGAAUUGCUUUGCUGAUCAUGGGCUCUUUUGUACCCUGGCUUUACUACUCCUUCUACUGCUCUCCUCAGCCUCGUCUCAUCUACCUCACAAUCGUCUGUGUGUUGGGUAUAGCAGCCAUCGUCGUUGCACAGUGGGACCGUUUCUCCACUCCCCGCCACAGGCCCACCAGAGCAGGAGUUUUCAUGGGUCUUGGAUUGAGUGGGAUUGUCCCCACCAUGCACUUCACCAUCGAGGAGGGUUUUGUCAAAGCCACUACUGUUGGACAGAUGGGCUGGUUCUAUUUGAUGGGCGCCAUGUACAUCACAGGUGCUGGACUGUAUGCUGCACGAAUCCCAGAGCGCUAUUUCCCUGGCAAGUGUGAUAUUUGGUUUCACUCACACCAGAUAUUCCAUGUGCUGGUGGUGGCAGCAGCCUUCAUUCAUUUCUAUGGAGUGUCCAACCUGCAGGAGUUCCGCUAUGGCCUUGAGGGAGGCUGCACUGAUGACACUCUCCUCUGAGAGCUCUACAAACACAUCCCUUUUCAAAUAGGAUUUUAGUUCCCCCAUUUAUACUCAUUCCUUGAUUUGUUUUUAUUCACCUUUGAGUUUUUUCCUGAUUGUCUUUGACUUUUAUUCAUUUUUAUUCUGUUACAAAGAAUCCAUGAAAAUUCAUUUGUUAAAGUUUUUGUGUGGUUAAAGAGCACCGUAGGCUGAACAAGUAAUCGAAAGCUGAAACAUGAUGACCCUUGUUAUCAUCAAUUUAAUUUAAACAAUCUCUUGGGGUUUGAACAUGUUUCUUUAGUAGUGAAAAGCACUUUCAUUGAGCUGUAGAGAUGCCCCCUCAUAAUAUAAUGCAUCCAAGUUUUUCUUAAUGUAAAUGAACAGUUCUUCACAUCAUUUGAUGCACACCCAAACUAUUGCCCAAACUUUAUUGAAUAGAGAAAUGUCUUUGACAUCUUUUUAUUCAAACUAACUGGAAAACGCACAAAGGGCAAAUAAAGGGUUUGAGGGUUUUCGGCAAAAUCUACCUGCUUAGAACACAUUGAUAAUUUUAACUUCUAGGUCAAAUGAAAAUGUAAACAGGUCAACUGUUGCACCUUACAGCACAGAUAUUGAAUAUCAUUGUUACUAAAGCCUCUGCAUGGAUACAUCUGUGCAGUCUGUAAAGUAUAAACUUUCCUGUAAAGUAUAAGAAUAUUCCUGUGCCUUAGGCCACUGGAAAUAGGUUUAAAUUAGAUGGGCCAAAACUACAGUGUAGUAAAUUUCAUUAGUAUCAAACAUAACUAGUUGAUUUACUUUGCAAGCAAUACAAUCAAAUUAUUAAAAAGGUUACAUAAAUAACAAAUCAAAAAAAAGUUUGACCUUUAUUGUUGAACUUUCUCAGACUGCUGUUUGUAAAAAAGUAGUGUUUGAUCCUUUUUAAAUAAAUAAGCUAACUGUGUGGCUUUACCACAACCAUAUAUUCAUGUGUUACGUGUAGAGGUGGUAAAUCAUUUACAUUUAACUGAAAUGUGAAAUGUUUAAAUAAAUAUUUAUGGGUCAUA